UAUUGAUUAGAAUAUCUGUGUCAGUGACAAAUUUCCCCAUUUUGGAUUUCGAUUCAACUAACACCUUGUAUGUUCACCGGAGAUGCGUUUUCGUAGUUCAUAUUUGGCGAUAAAUUUGUUGCUCUUUGGAGUUCAUGUUUUGAUUUGAAUGAGUAUUUAUGUUUUAAUUUAUUAAAUCUGUUUUGUCUUCAAUUUGCAAGCAAACCAUGUGUUUUAUAGGCUAUAGCUAUAGGUUUCGUUUCCCUUGAUCCUAUUUGGGUUACAAUUCAAAUUCAAUUAAAGAGGUUUUGUUUGAGAUUUCUGCUUUUUCUUUCAGAUAAUUUGAUGACCAAUUACAACCAUGGAUACAUUAAGUAAUGAUCUUUUCUACGAUAUCCUAAGACGUGUAGAUGGUUCAACCCUAGCAAGUGCGUCGUGUUCUUGCGCAACAUUUAAUACCAUCUCAAAAGAAGAAAGAUUAUGGGAAGAUGUAUGUUCUUCAAUGUGGCCUUCAACCAAAAGAGACGAUGUGAAAACUUUAAUAUCAUCAACUGGUGGGUUUAAAAAGUUCUAUGCAGAUUGUUUCCCUCUGAUAGUAAACAAAGAUGUUAACGUUCCUGAGUUUCCAGAAGAAUGGAUGGAGGAUGAAUACUAUGGCGAAGAAGAUGAAUUAGAAAAUGUUUCACCUUCUGAUUUUGUGUCGCUAGUGGAUAUCAGAUAUAAAGAAAAGACUAUAUGUUCUAAAGUCAUUUGGGGGAUACCGAAUGCAAAUGUUUACAAUGGUUGGUUUUCCGAUUGUCCUUUCAGAAUCGAUCUUUUUGCAUAUUCAGAUAGAAAUAUUGAUGAUGAUGAUGAUGAUGAUGAUAAUGAUCAUGUAGGGGAAGUAAUUACUCUUUCUGUUUCCGACGGCUUGCCACCUGUCACCUCCCUUGAAAGAGAGAGAAAAGAUGGGAAGCUAUGGCAAGAGCUUCGUGAUGGGAUCAAACUGAGUUGGAUAAUCGUUAAUUCAAAAGCAAAACAAGCUGCAAAUUUAUCAAGUUGGUGUGCACUCGAUGGUCAAAGACAUUGGCCAACAAACAAAGAUUUCUUGUUACAAUUCGGAUCCGUUGUACCUGCCAAACAUAUUCUUCCAUGUCGGGUAGUUAAAUGCAUAAUAGCAAUGAAGAUUCGAGUGACAGAUGUUGAGGGUAGUGGGACCCACACAACGUUAAAUUUGACCCAACUUUGUAUGCAAUUGGGUGACAUGGAAGGUGUUCACGUUAAUGGUAGAAACAGUUUGCUUGUGCUUAAAGAAGCAUUGAGAUGUGAUCGUAGCAAGAAUUAUAGUCUGGUGGUGGAGUCUUGUAGGUUGUACGCGAAGGUUCAGAGUGAGAUUAUAGAAGAGAAGAUUAGACAUGAAAAUAUGUUGGAAAGACUCCAUAUUUUGGGUAGUAUUAUGGCUUUUGUAUUGUUGUGUUGCUACUUUAUGUGAAAUAGAAUAGAAUAUAUAGUGUGACUUGGGUGCACCAAGGUUUUGACUGUAUGGUCAACAGGCCAAGGGUUUGACUUUCGAGUCAUACAUUUGAAAAUAGAGAAGUUGUUUCUUCUAUCUAGCAAAUGUGAUGUAUAGUAAAAGUUUUACUAAAAAGAAAUUAAAUUAUCUCGUCG